UGGGAGAGAAAAGUUUCAAGCUUUCUCCCUGACCACUGUCUGCUUUCCUCCAUAAUCACCUCCAUACGGAUCAUCAAUUGGCAUCAUCGUGGCCUGUCGCAUCGCAUCGCAUCAUCCAUCGCUUGGCGCGCGUGCAUCCUUUGAUGUUGAAUUUGGUGUUGUGACCAAGGCAGCGCGCAGCUCUACCAACUGCCAAAGCUCACCCCUCCACUCUCCCUGCUCGGCUCUGCGCAACGUCUUUGUUUGUCUGUUACUGCAAUACUUGCGCGUCGGGCGUCGUCUGUUAGUACGCGGCAAGCUUACUACAGCCCGACCUUCUCUUAUCUUGUCUCGUCACUCACUCCAGCCGCCCGCAACCCUCCCAAUCCCCGAUUACGCAUCAAUUACGAGGCCUGUUUUCUCCUGCAACUCGCUCGCCCUCUCGCCCUCUACCUGUCUCUCUACUCCUCCGUCUCGUACCCCAGGCAGCAACAGCAGCAGCUCAUCCAAUUGCCAUUGGACGGAAUCCCAAUCGGCCGACGGGUCACAUAGCUACGAGCAAGUAGAGCGAGUACCAUACCGUACCGUACCAUACCUACUCUCUGCUGUACCACCAGCCAGAUCCAGUACCACCCUGACGACGCUUGAGCUUCCAAUCGGUGGCUGAUACAUAAUCGCCAUACAAUGUCCCUCUUCGGCUCGUCGCCACCGGCGGAUUCUCCGUCCAACACCUCUGCUGCGCCCUCGCGAUCUCUAUUCGACGAAGAGCCCAUGUCCAAGUCCGCUUCCAACUCGCUAUUCACCGACGACGACUUCGCCGGAGCCGAGUCCUCGCCCUGGGACAUGCCUACCCCGAGGAAGAAGCAGUCUCGCGCCGACGUCGUCCGCAACCUGCUGUCCGCCUCCGACGUGCCCGGCGCCUACAUCGAGACCUUUGACACCGUCGUGCGCGACGAUGGAGCUGGAGGGCGUGUCACGGCCGGCGGUGUGGCCAAGCUAUUUGCAGCCGCGCGCCUGGGAGCGGACCACCAGGCGCAGAUCAUGUCCAUGGUUGUGCCCGCUGCAGGUGGCGAUAUCGCCGUCGCUCGCGGCGAGUUUAACGUCCUCCUCGCCCUCGUUGCCCUUGCCCAGGAGGGCGAGACCAUCAGCCUCGACACCGUCGACGAACGACGCAGGAAUCUCCCACUCCCCAAGCUCGCCGGCCUGACUGCUGCUCCCGUGAUGCCUCCCGUCUCCGAGCUUGCUGUCAACCCUCCCCAAGCUCCCGCAACCCCCGUCCAAGAAUCUGCAUCGCCGCCACCGCCGCCUCAGCCAAGCAGCCUGCGCCGACCCCCAAUGGACUUUCCCGAACCCGAAGACCCGUGGAACUCACCCGACGUACACAAGGGUCAUGCCCACGCCAUCGCCGCCUCUCCCAGCAGGACCAAUGGCGCCAGUCCACAGCACCCUGCGCUAAACGCCAAUGGUAACGGCAAUAGCAACGGCAACGGGAACGGCAACGGGAACGGCAAUGGCAAUGGCGAUUACAGCACGUCACCAGGCACAGCCAUCGCCGGUCGGACCAUGUCUUCUUACACAACUGCCACCGCUGGCUCCGAGACGGGUUCUGGGCGCCAUGCUGUGAUCAGUGGCACGUCGCCGGGCGGCGGCUGGGGCGGCUACUUCGACGGCAGCACCCAGGGCGGCGGAUUCAACGAACCCGUCCCCAAUCAGGUCACAAGCCCCUUCGGCAGCGCGGGUGGCGGACGCGACGCGACCGGAAACUCCGCAGCCGUGCCGCCUCUGCGGUCUGCCGUCAGCGGCCGAUCAGGAGGCCCCGUGGAGGAGAACAUUGUCGUCACUCUGUUGCCUGAGAAGGAGGGCCUUUUCAUGUUCCAGCACCACAACUACGAGGUUUCGAGUAUUCGACGGGGCAGCAAGGUCAUCAGACGGUACAGCGACUUCGUAUGGCUUUUGGAUUGUCUGCACAAGCGCUAUCCUUUCAGGGCGCUGCCUCUGUUGCCGCCCAAGCGCGUCGCUGUCAACGGUAACCAUUUCUCCAACGAUGGCGCCUUCAUCGAGAAGCGCCGCAGAGGCCUGGCCAGAUUCCUAAACGCCCUCGUUCGCCAUCCCAUUCUUGGCCAGGAACAGCUCAUCAUCAUGUUCCUUACCGUGCCAACUGAACUGGCCGUAUGGCGCAAGCAGGCCACCAUUUCCGUCCAAGACGAGUUUCAGGGACGUGUCUUGCCACCUGGGCUGGAGGACUCGUUGCCCCCUACCCUUGAGGCCCUCUUCGACAAGACACGGUCCGGUAUUCGGCGGUCGGCGGAGCUGUACAUUAACAUUUGCAACGUCAUGGACCGUUUGGUGAAGCGUAGCGAGGGUGUUGCUGCCGAUCAUGCCCGCAUUGCCAUGUCCCUUACUUCGUUGACGGAAACGAGCGCCGAUACCUACGCGAGCGACACCAACGAAGUGCCUCUGCUCAACGACGGUCUGACAUCCAUGAGCAGGCACCUGAGAACGUGCCAGACCCUGUUGGAAGACGAAAGCAAGGCGUGGGACGAGGGAGUGCUGGAGGAUCUCAAGCGCCAGCGUGAUGCUCUCGUCAGUAUCCGCGACUUGUUUGAUCGCAGGGAACGUCUUGACAAGGACAACAUUCCCUACCUCGAGCGGAGGAUCCAGACCAAUGAGACCAAGCUGGCGAACCUCCGUAGCAAGCCUGAGGGCAUGGUCAAGCCAGGCGAGAUUGAGAAGGUGGUUGACGCGAUUAUCAAGGAUAAAGAGUCCAUCGUCAACCAGCACAACCGAUCCAUCUUCGUCAAGGAAUGCAUCCGCGACGAGCUCAUCUACUUCCAGCAUACGCAAUUCCACGUCUCGCGCUGGAACCAGGACUGGGCUCAGGAGCGCGUCAAGUACUCCGAGAUGUUGGCCGACAAUUGGCGCCGUCUCCUUGACGAGCUUGAGGGCAUGCCCCUCGGCGACUAAUCCCUCCGCUAUCUCCCGUACCCUUUACCACACACCGACACAUUGCAUAUCAGCGUCAUCUCCAUUUCAGGCGUUCCGGUCUUUACUCUACAUCCGUCAGACGAUUCAAUCAGCUCUGUUGGACUGACUAGUCGGCGGCAGUCCUAAUCUUGUACGAAACUGUGUCGUUGUCGUUUUUUUCUGAGCGCGAUGUGUUCCAGACCAGAUGUACAUCUUAGAGCAGGGACCCGUUGCCGAAUACCCUUUGGUUACGCAAAUUGCUUAAUAUACGGUACUUAACUUGUAUCCUCGUUGUCGACGCCGGGAUCGUGCGAUUUGUCCCAUCGCCAUCAUGAUGACUUGAACCCAUAUCAAGGUCGUCUCGUUGGGGAUGAGAACUGCCUC